UCCGCCUGCGGCCCGACUUCGGAGGUCCGCCCGUGGAUGUGGGCAUGCGGAUAGAGAUCGCCAGCAUCGACGUGGUCUCAGAAGUCAACAUGUAAUGAUUGAAGACAUUGGAUGUAAUUCCAAUCCCGUUGCAGUUAAGGGGACUGCUGCCUUGACUGCAAAGAGUAAUAUUGGAUCCCAAUACAGUAAUGAUGAGCAUCUUCAUUUCCAACAUGCUACACUUAUAAUGAGUCUAAUCUUGUUCCUGGCUGUGCUUUGAGCAAUAAAGAGCAUCAUCAUUACAGCUACGCAGACUCCUGCCAGAUCUCUGCUUCUUUCUGCAAGACACAACUGUGUUGCCACAUACUUAAUUUAAUUGUGAAGUUAUAAAUGCCAACAAGGUUUAUGAAGCAUUUCUCUGGAAAAUCAUCAGCACAUUUGGAAAACAAAAAUGCAAGGCACUUCACUAACAACUAGAGCUACCAACUGAAUCAAACAAAAUGACAAUACCUUGCACAACUUCUUCUCCUACAGAAAUCUUGCAUCUACAAAUGAUUUGCAGUUUUCUGACAGAGCACAUGAUUUCUGCAAAACUGAAGCUUGCUGUGGGAAAAUUCUGAUCCUGUUUAAAAAACCCAAAUGGCUUCUCUUAUGAAAACAGAAAGCUUUUACUCUACUGUCCUGGAGUCAGCAGAGCUUCUUAUCUUGUUUCCUCUGACAGAAGCGUAGUUCACAAAAACCACAGCCUCCUGUGAGCUAGGCCAGUACACCGAAUAAUUUGAGUACAUGCUCCUCGCCCCCUCUUCCCACUGCUUUGGACAGAAGAGGGGAACUGGAUAACGUAUGCUGCAUCAGUCUUCACUGAAAACAAAACCAAAAGGAUCACUGAACUAUGUCCUUAGAAAGAAAGGCAAAUGCAAUUGAUACACUAGCGUGCACUUCCCUGACUUCCUGGUUUCCUUGCCUGGCUGGACUGCGGACUUAAUGAACAGACAUAGUUGCCCUGACAUUUUUAGAGAACAUCAUGAGUAGAACCAGACUACACCCUGACCAUGUACUUCCAGCAGUCCUGGAGGGAUAAAAGGCUCUCUUAUUCUGGAAUACCUUUGAACCUAACUUUGGACAACAGAGUGGCUGACCAGCUCUGGGUGCCGGACACGUAUUUCCAAAAUGACAAGAAGUCAUUUGUCCAUGGGGUGACAGUGAAAAACCGAAUGAUUCGACUCCAUCCAGAUGGGACAGUCCUUUAUGGCCUACGGAUCACAACAACAGCUGCUUGCAUGAUGGAUCUACGCAGAUAUCCUCUGGAUGAACAAAAUUGCACACUAGAAAUUGAAAGUUAUGGAUACACUACUGAUGAUAUUGAAUUUUACUGGAAUGGAGGAGAGUCGGCAGUGACGGGAGUUAAUAACAUCGAGCUCCCACAAUUUUCUAUUGUUGAUUACAAGAUGGUAUCAAAGAGAGUGGAAUUUACAACAGGAGCAUAUCCUCGAUUAUCACUUAGCUUCCGGCUUAAAAGGAAUAUUGGAUACUUCAUUUUGCAAACCUAUAUGCCUUCCACGCUGAUCACAAUUCUGUCAUGGGUAUCUUUUUGGAUCAAUUAUGAUGCCUCUGCAGCCAGAGUUGCUCUAGGAAUCACAACUGUGCUGACCAUGACCACCAUCAGCACCCACCUCAGGGAGACCUUGCCAAAGAUUCCCUAUGUCAAGGCAAUAGAUAUUUACCUGAUGGGAUGCUUUGUGUUUGUGUUCCUGGCCUUGCUGGAAUAUGCCUUUGUAAACUACAUAUUCUUUGGGAAAGGACCCCAACGUCAAAAAAAGGCAGCGGGCAGGGCAGGACAUGCUACAGGCGAGAAGAGCAGACUGGAAACAAAUAGAGUCCAGGUUGAUCCCCAUGGAAACAUGCUGCUCAGCCCACUUGAAAUACGGAAUGACGUCAGCAGCUCAGAUGUGUUCACAAGCCUCCGUGACCCCCGAGGCACCGCGUACACGUAUGACAGUGCCAACCUGCAGUACAGAAGAGCCACUUCCAGCAGAGACCUCUACAGCAGGAGCACUUUGGACAGGCACAGGCUUCACAGAAAAGGACGCUUACGAAGAAGGGCAUCCCAGAUCAAAGUCAAAAUCCCUGAUUUGACUGAUGUAAACUCGAUAGACAAGUGGUCCAGAAUGGUCUUUCCCAUCACGUUUAUUCUUUUCAAUGUUGUUUACUGGCUGUAUUAUGUCCACUAAUUUAUGCAAUAAGGUCACCAUAGACUAACAUAAUUAAACGUGUUUUUUUUCCUUCUCAAUUUUGUUAACUCUGAAGAACUGCAGUAGCCAUAAUGUUACAUGUUCAAGGUAAGAUACCCAGCUAUUGAAUACUUCUAGAUUUAAGCUUUCAAAAAGUAAUAUAAACCCAAGCCAAAUCCAGCCUCACUACAUUCAGAUCAGAAUAGUACAGACCUGCUCCUAAAGAGCAUCUUCAGCAAAAGUGCUAUACCUUGAUUUUUACAAAGAAUUUGUGCAUCAUCCAUGACCUUUCUGUAUCCACUUUUAUCUUUUUUUUUAAAAGUGGAAUAAAAACUAGUCCUACUGUAUUCCCACAGCAGCAUGCUUCCAAACAAGACAGUAAAACAACUCAAAGUAGUAGUCAUGUCACAGUCUUUCAGCGUUUAGAGUGUAAAGAAAUUUGAAGAAAUAACUGUCUGAAGGAUUAUAACUAUUAUCUCACGCAUCAUUUCAAAGACAAUAGUUAUACUAGGAAGUAUUUCCAUAGUAUCUGUAAGAUGCAUCACUCAAGGAGAUGUAAGUCGCUUCACAUUUUCAGAGAGGCAGGGAUCUUCAAAAGAAUGAAAGGGCAGCAGAGACAAAUGUCACUGAUUUUCCAACUAAGGAAUCAGCUGAUUGGAACUAACUGGAUUUUUGUUAUUUCCACAAAAUGGCAAAGUUGAGACUGCUGAGAACAAUUGUGCCAUGUGUAAUUUUGUAUUAAAAAGCAGAAAACAAACACGUGUUCAUUCCUGGAAGCAACUACCAAGGGAUACCCCAGCCCAAGAGUGGCUACUUUUCUUGACUCCCAAGUUUCCUGUGACUGGUAAUGGCAACACAUUCUCCCAAAAGUUAGCAGGUGCCUGGGAACAGGUCUGAGGAGAGUUCUGCAUGCAGUUUCCUACAGAUUUCCUUACUGCGCUGAGGAACAAGAGAUACAGCUGAGUCUUAUGGCACGCUGGUGGUGUUGGGUACACUGCUCCUGAGGAGUUGCCUCUCCCCACCCGGCUGCUUAUCGCCUGACACAACCACAGCCAAGGAGCUGCAGGUGAAGUGCUGGCAAGCUGCAUGCAACUGAGGAGCAAUAGGUCAGUCAUGUCCUAUCUGUAUCA